AUGGAGACUGACGCUGAGAAAAACAUUGAGAUCUGGAAGGUCAAGAAGUUGAUCAAGUCUUUGGAAAAGGCUAGAGGUAAUGGUACCUCUAUGAUUUCCCUUGUUAUUCCACCAAAGGGUCAAAUCUCUAUGAUUCAAAAGAUGUUGACAGAUGAAUAUGGUACCGCAUCUAACAUUAAGUCAAGAGUUAACCGUUUAUCUGUUCUUUCGGCUAUCACAUCCACCCAACAAAAGCUUAAGCUAUAUACUAAGAUUCCUCCUAAUGGUUUGGUGCUAUACUGUGGUGAUAUGAUCACAGAGGAAGGUAAGGAAAAGAAGGUUACAUUUGAUAUAGAACCAUACAAGCCAAUUAACACCUCUUUGUACUUGUGUGACAACAAGUUCCACACUGAAGUUCUAUCCGAAUUAUUGGAAGCCGAUGACAAGUUCGGUUUCAUUGUUAUGGAUGGUCAAGGUGCCCUAUUUGGUCUUUUGACUGGUAAUACCAGAACUGUUUUGCAUAAAUUCACUGUCGAUUUGCCAAAGAAGCAUGGUAGAGGUGGUCAAUCUGCUGUCCGUUUCGCCCGUUUAAGAGAAGAAAAAAGACAUAACUACGUUAGAAAGGUUGCUGAAGUUGCUGUGCAGAACUUCAUCACCAAUGAUAAAGUUAACGUUAAGGGUUUGAUCUUGGCUGGUUCUGCUGAUUUCAAGACUGACUUGGCUAGAUCCGAAUUGUUUGAUCAAAGAUUGGUAGCAAAGAUUGUUAAAAUUGUGGAUAUCUCAUACGGUGGUGAAAAUGGUUUCAACCAAGCUAUCGAAUUAUCAGCAGAAGCCUUGGCUAAUGUGAAAUUCAUUCAGGAAAAGAAAUUGAUCACUGAUUACUUCGACCAAAUCUCUCAAGAUACUGGUAAAUACUGUUACGGUAUUGACGAUACCCUAAAGGCAUUGGACUUGGGUGCCGUUGAGACCCUAAUUGUCUUUGAAAACUUGGAAACUAUCAGAUACGUAUUCAAAGACUCCGAAGAUAAAGAAGUACUAAAAUUCGUUGAACCAAACACAGAAGACAAAUCAUACUCGCUGGAUAAAACUACUGGCGCUGAAAUGGAUCUAGUUUCUGAACAACCUCUCAUUGAAUGGCUAGCAGAAAAUUACAAGAAUUAUGGUGCUAACUUAGAAUUCAUCACAGAUAAAUCUUCUGAAGGUGCUCAAUUCGUUACCGGGUUUGGUGGUAUUGGUGCCCUACUUCGUUAUAAGGUCAACUUUGAACAAUUAGUUGAUGAAUCUGAUGAUGAAUUUUAUGAUGACGAUGAAUUCAAUGAGGAUUAUGACUUUAUUUAG